UUAUUCUUCCUACUACUUUUUCCUACCACUAAGUAUUAUUCCCCUUCAUAUUGUUCAUCAUUCACAAUUUCUUUCACAUUUUCCCUAUCUAAUCAAAGACCAUGAACAAAGUUGAUAAAUCUCAAGUUAUAGUACUCUCUUUCCUAGCUAUUCUCCUUGUGAUCACACCCUUUUUACCUUCAUCUCUAAGGCCUAGUUACCUUUACUUAAUCUUCAACAUCCUUAUCAUUGCGCUUGGAGUUGAAGCCGGCCUUUUGUCGGUGUUCUCUGAGCCUUCAGAAGGGAGAAAACAUGUUUCUGUGUCUGUGACACAGAAACAUGCAAUGCAAGAACAAGAAGAGAAGAAAACAUGUAGCAUAACAAACGACGUAUGCACUGUCUCAGAAGAACAAAGCGAGAAGAAGCCUAAGAUUGUUGAAAAAUCUGCAUGUGAGAAGAAGAUUGUGUUUGUUGGUGUUAGUAAAGUUGAUAAGGUGAAAAAAUGUCAUUCAAUGCCAAAUCUUUUUUAUAUAGAUGAUGAAGAAGAUGAUUUAGAAGUGAAUGAUGAGGAGGUUGAAGUAGAAGAUGAGGUUUGUGGUGUAAAUGGACAAGAACUUUUUGCAAAAGCUGAGGCUUUCAUUGGAAACUUUUACAAGCAGUUGAAGAUGCAGAGAGAAGAGUUUUAUUAUGCUUCUUAGAAAGACUAUUUAAAUAGGAUAUAAUUUAGCUUUUCUCUAAAGAAUAAAUAAUUUUCUAUGUUGUUAAAUUAGGAACAAUAGUUGUGAUGUGAGGAUCCAUUGUACUGUACAGAUUAGAGGUUAUGUUAGUCCUGUUUGCCAAUAUUCAAUUUCAUUAUCAUCAAAUAAAAUGUAUGUUAAAAGAAUAUUGAAAAAUUGAACACAUUUUCUUUUA